AUGAAAUUUUACCCAAACCCAAACAAGGUGCUGAGUCUGCUGAGAAGAGCUCGCAGCGCAGUUGGGGUAGCAGCAGCAGCUUCGUUUUCGUCAUUGCCUUCGUCUUCGUCAUUCCCUUCGUCUUCGGCCUACACGUCAGCGCCCAAACUAGCGUCAGCUAUGGGCGACCUGCAAACCCUAAAGACCAAGCUCUGCAUCAUCGGCAGCGGCCCGGCGGCGCACACGGCGGCCAUUUACGCCGCUCGAGCGGAGCUGAAGCCGAUCCUAUUCGAGGGCUGGAUGGCCAACGAUAUCGCCCCCGGAGGCCAGCUCACCACCACCACCGACGUCGAGAACUUCCCGGGCUUCCCCGACGGAAUUAUGGGCGGCGAGCUCAUGGACCGCUGCCGAAACCAGUCUCUCCGUUUCGGCACUGAGAUCUUCACCGAAACGGUCAACAAAGUCGACUUCUCCAGCACCCCCUUCAAGGUCUUCACCGAUUCAAAGACCGUGCUCGCCGACUCCGUUGUUGUGGCAACUGGCGCCGUCGCCAAGCGCCUCAUAUUUCCCGGCUCCGGCGAAGGCGAGGGCGGCUUCUGGAACCGCGGUAUUUCGGCCUGCGCUGUUUGCGACGGUGCCGCCCCGAUAUUUCGGAACAAGCCGCUGGCGGUGAUCGGAGGAGGUGAUUCGGCCAUGGAGGAGGCUAAUUUUCUCACCAAGUACGGGUCAGAAGUGCACAUAAUUCACCGCAGGGACGCCUUUCGGGCUUCGAAGAUUAUGCAGAAUCGGGCCCUGAGCAACCCGAAAAUCAGAGUUGUGUGGAACUCGGAGGUGGUGGAGGCCUAUGGGGGAGAGAAGGGGGUUCUGGGAGGGCUGAAGGUGAAGAAUUUGGUGACUGGGGAGGUUUCGGAUUUGAAGGUUUCAGGUCUCUUCUUUGCAAUAGGGCACGAACCGGCGACUAAGUUUUUGGGUGGGCAAUUGGAGCUUCAUCCUGAUGGGUAUGUUGCAACGAAGCCAGGCACUACGCAGACCAGUGUAAGAGGAGUUUUUGCUGCAGGUGAUGUUCAGGACAAGAAGUAUAGGCAGGCUAUCACUGCCGCUGGAACUGGAUGCAUGGCGGCCUUGGAAGCAGAACAUUACUUGCAAGAGAUUGGAUCUCAGGAGGGUAAGAGGGAUUGA